AUGAGGCCUUGGAUUUUAUUCAUAUUUGCAUCACUCGCAAUCGGAUUGAUUGUGGGAAAAAAGGAUAACCGGGUAACAUCUCAGUCAGACACCAGGAUUCAUUUGGAGGAGAAUGAGGUUCAAUGUUGGAAUACCUAUUUCAACUCCAAAUGUUUCAGUGAUUAUCUAUCAAAUCAACCAGAAAGGAGGAAUCGCCUUUUUGGAUUUGACCCAAAUUCUAUUGCGGACGAUAGUGGCGAUGAUAUGCGAAAAGUAGAAGCUGAUAAUACUGGAGUGAUACCAAGUGAUUUUCAAGUUAGUGAAAAACGGAGCCUAACAACAAUGAAUUCUGAUUGUGAUUGCCAAGUGAAGAAUGACUACAAGGACUUGGGGCAAAUGCACUAUCCACGAUACAUUAUAACAGCUCUGUGCCAAGAUGAUAGACAGAAGAAACUCCAAUCGCGGAAAUUUUGGCGAGGGUCACAAUGCAAACCAGUAGAGUACAUAGUUCACGUCCUGACACCACGUCUGCGUAGUGAUUCCCAUGACGACACCUUGGUACCAGAUUCUCUUCGACCGUUUUGGAAAUUCGAUAAGGUAACAGUAACAACUGGUUGCUUUUGCUCUUUCUAAAACUAUCCCAAACGAUUUUAUUCGACAAUAUAUCCAAAAAGUAUAUUAAAUGUAACAAUAACAGAAGA